CUCGUGUUGAAGAUGAGAAGAAACAAAGAGGCUACACUUCAGCUUUUAUAAACUCUAGAGAGAUUAUUUAGCGAACACGACACAACUCCUGCCUUUAUUCAUUAUAUCCUGGCUCUUGACUGUCAAUUCCUCUGUGAAAGCGAUCAGGAAUAGCGGACUUUUAACGUGUUCAUAUGUAAACAGGCCUGAUGGAGGACACACACCGUCAUGAGAAAAUGAGUGAAAAAACUGACUCACUGAAGAGAAAAGACAAAGAAUGUGUCACCUGCCCUCAGUGUGGAAAGAGUCUGGCACACAAACAGAGUCUCCAGCGUCACAUGAGGGUCCACACUGGAGAAAAACCAUUCACAUGUUCUCAGUGUGGGAAGAGUUUCAGUCAAUUAUCAAACCUUAAUAUUCACAUGAGGGUCCACACCGGAGAGAAACCAUUCACAUGUUCUCAGUGUGGGAAGAGUUUCGGAGUAUCAACAAACCUUAUUAAUCACAUGCUGAUCCACACUGGAGAGAAAACACACAAAUGUGAUCAGUGUGGAAAAACAUUUUUGAGGGCUUCAGAGCUGAAGAGCCACCUUAGAGUUCAUACACAGGAGAAGCUUUAUUCAUGCUCUGACUGUGGGAAGAGUUUCACACGGCAAGAAAGUUUAAGAAGUCAUCAGAAGAUCCACACCGGUGUGGGAGAGUAUAUGUGCUUUGAGUGUGAGAAGACCUUUAUUACGGCUGAAAAUUUGAAAAGACAUGAGAGAAUUCACACUGGAGAGAAACCUUACAUUUGUUCACUGUGCAAUAAGAGAUUCAGUCGGUUUGCAGAAAUGAAAAUACAUGCGAGGGUUCACACUGGGGAGAAACCGUACAAGUGUUCACACUGUGACAAGAGAUUCAGUUAUUUAGGAGAUCUGAGAAGACAUGAGAGGAUUCACACUGGAGAGAAACCUUACAUGUGUUCACACUGCGACAGGAGAUUCAGUGAUUUAGGAAAUCUGAGAAGACAUGAGAAGAUUCACUCUGGAGAGAAACCUUAAAGGGGUGGUCUACAGUGUUUUUUAAAGGUUUGAUUGUGUUUAAGGGGUGCAAAACAAUGUGUGUUUGUUAUUCAUUUGUAAAAAAUCAUGUUAUUUGUUCACAUAUCUUACCUUCAUUUUAUACAGCUACUGAACUAUCAUGAAAAUGACUACUAUAUUUCCUGGUUCCGUCUAUAACGCUCGCCCUCAUCGGGCUCUGAUUAGUCAGCUAACCUAAGUGAAGUUUAUUUAUAAACUAAUUUCGAGAGUAACACGUGCUUAUGAUUGAUCACUGCUGAUCCCGCAUAACCAGAGUUUCUUAUUUUAGUUAUCUUCGCCUAGAAGAAUCUCCCUUUCCACUCCUACACCUCCACCUUUCCCUUUCUAUGGUGGCCCAGUGGUUAGCACCAGGGGUGUCGCUAGACCUAAUUUUACCAGUGCCCCAGUCAAUGCUCUGAUAUAUGAUUUACUUCAUAUGCAAAGUGUACUCAUUAAGAGUGGUAACCCCGGAAUAAAGACGUUAUUCUCUAUGUGCACCGAACUACCGCUGGUAAAAGCAAUGUAGUUGAAUCAAAAAGCAAACUGACGCAUCUCUGCAUGUGCGCAGAAAACUAUACCCGGGUGCGGGUGCCUCACACACCGCUCCUGCUGGACCCUGCUUGAUGCGUUGCUCUUCUCCCGGUGCGAGUCCCGGUUGUUAACAUGCACGACGAAUAAAAUACUUGCUGCUCACGCGCCACUCAUGUGUUGUGAAAUUGACGACCUUUAAUGCGGAGGUGACGGCAUGCAGUGAGUUUUGCAAAUCUAAAUCAGCACUAUAGUCGAGCUCUUAUCCAGCAGCAUAUCUCUAUAUAGCAAUUUAUAAUCUGUCAUCAGCUCUAAAUAAGGGGGUGGG